CUCUGCAACUUGCCUCCUCCCAGAUGAUGGAAUGAUCCAAGUCAUCCAACAAUGUCGGAUUCUUCUCAACCUAACCAGAUCUUGACCGUUCAGCAAAUCAUUGGUAUCAUACCUUCUUUGAUCGAAUCUCUGUCACAUGCUAGGGAUGAUAUCCACCCAACCCCCAGGGAAAGCGGCGGAGGAAAUGGUGGCGGUACCGGUGAGGCCAAAGGGAGCGGUGAAAGCAGAAGUGAGGGUGUGAUCAAUGAUGACCACUCGAACAGCGGACAAACCGGCGAAAUAACCCAAGUUGGUAGUGACGGUGGCAGAGAACGUGGGGAAAAUGAUGAAAUCGUCGAAACUGGCGGCGAAAGAAGGGACAAGACAACAACCAGUGGUGAUGGUGGCGGCCAGGAGCAGGUAAUCAACGCCGACAACAAUAGUACCAACUUAAACAACAGUAGCGGAGCCGAUAACCAGAAAACCCCGGAUGAAAAUGUCAGCUGUUGGGGUUUGGGAUGCUGUGACACCCACGACCAUCGAAAUGGGCAUGACGGUGAUAAUAAAGAUGGCGGCAGCAAAGACCAUAGCAGUUCCGAUUCCAUCCGAAGAGAGAAGGUUCGGCUUCACGGUGAGUUGGGAAGAUUAGUGAAAGAUCUCAGUUACAUCCAAGAUUCUUUCAUGAAACUCAAGGAGUUGGAAGAUUCUCUCAUCAACCAAAUUAAAGAUCUUCGACAACAAGGGAACAGUCUUGAGAGUAUAUGCAAGAAAAUAACACAGUCAGAAGAUUUGUUCCAUCCCAAAUCUCUCCAAUCCAAAAUUCACAACCUUAGCAAGAUGAUCGUGAGGUUAAAGCUCCAGAUUCCAUUGCUGAGCAAGAUGUCGGAUUUUGAUGGUCGUCACAACCAAGCAGGUAAUGAGAUCAAUGUAGGCCGUCUUGUUGAUGAAUUGCGCAAGUUACAUAAAAAUGGAAUGUUUAGUAGUGAUCCAGCUUUUAAAGAUGUUGAGAAUAGGUUUUCAACCCUUGAACGGGAAUCCAAGCUUUGUUUGUUGUAUUUUACUGUAUUCCCUGAAAAUGUGGUGAUUGAGAAGAGAAUGCUGAAAUAUUGGUGGGUUGGAGAGGGCUUUGUGGAUCCUGAGAAAAAGUCAGGCUCAGCUGAGAAAUUUGCAAAUGAUACAAUGAAGGAGUUGUUGUUGAAAGGAUUCAUUGAGCCAAUCAUCAGAAAGCGAAGAUUGAUUGGCUACAGGAUGCAUCCUUUAGUUCGUUCUGUGUUGGUUAGUCUCGCCAGUAAGGUGGCAUUGUUUAGUUUUGAUGAAUUUGGAAAUCCAACUGCAGACUUUAAUUCGUCUCUCACAGCAUGUUUGGUGAAGACUGACGAUAGAACUUCUCAGGAAGCAUUGGUGAAGAAGGGUGAUCCGGAAAAGCUGCAUGCUUUGUUCAAUGUCAAUGAUCCUUAUCCUGAUUUUAAUGUUGAGUGGUUCUCCAGGUUGAAAAAUGUUAAUGUUAUUUCUCUAGGUAGGUGGCAGAGCACUACCGCGCUGCACAUUGAAGUUGAAAACACUGAAUUCUUGAAGGGUAUGAAGAAUAUGAAAUAUCUAAGGUUCUUCAGCCUUGAAGGUGUCUCCAGGAUUACUCAACUUCCUGAUGCCAUUUGUAUGGUUCCCAACUUGAGAAUUCUGGAUCUCAGUGCCUGUCACAACCUACAGGUUCUUCCGGAGAAGAUAUUCCUACUGAAGAAGCUGACACACUUUGAUGCUUCCAACUGUUACAUGUUGGAUAACAUGCCGAAGGGGCUCACUUCGCUCACAGAACUCCAGGUCCUUAAGGGAUUUGUGAUUAGUGAUCAGAAAAGCAAAUAUACAUGUAAGUUUCAUGAGUUGGUUGCGUUGAAGAAACUUAGGAAAUUGAGCAUCUAUACUAGUGAGAAAGAUUUUCCAACUCCGGAGGAUAUGAAGGAUUUCCACCAAAUUACAUCACUUCGGAAACUUUCAAUAGAAUGGGGUGGGAAUUCCUUACAUGACAAGCCUUCAAAUUCAGCAGAUCAAAAAGAAGACUCAAUGGGACUUCCUGAGAACCUAGAGAAACUGACCCUCAAAUGUUUUCCUAGAACUAAAGAACAAAAUUGGCUGAGUCCAAACAAGCUGAAGGAACUCAAGAAGCUGUCCAUUAUAGGAGGAAAUCUUCAAGAACUGGAAUCUCGGGAGGAUGAGGAGUGGAUGGCAGUGAGAUUACAUUUGAAGUUUUUGCGCGAGUUAAAGAUGUGUUGGAGAGACCUGCAGAAGUCAUUUCCACACUUGAUUUAUCUGGAGAAAGUUGAUUGCCCCAGGCUGACCUUCUUCCCAUGUGAUGAUGGCGGAGUCUGGUGGAAGAGGGAAUCUCCUUCAGAGCAGUAUUUUGAGUUAGUGUCAUAGUUCACUUUGUUUGCUUGAUAUUUAAUCCACAAUAAGGACUCCAUUCUACUUUCCUAGCAAACAUUUGAAUACCAAGUUAAAGUCUGUUCUUGUAUUGUUUGGCAGCUGUUUUUGUUCAUGUUUGUUGCAGUGUUGGUGUUUUAUAUCCAAUUUAGUUACCCCACUUUAUUCGUAUUAUUGAAAAUUUCAUUUGUUACAAUAAUUGAAACCUGUCUUU